AUGGAGCAGCCCCCUGGUUUUAUUGAUCCUCAACAAUCUCAUUGUGUAUGUUUGCUUAAGAAAUCCCUAUAUGGACUUCGUCAAGCACCACGAGCAUGGUUUGACAAAUUUAGCAACUCCCUCCUGGAGAAUGGUUUCUUCUGUAGUACUGCUGACCCUUCCCUCUUCGUGCUUCAUACUGGUUCAGACACAGUUCUAUUAUUACUGUAUGUUGAUGACAAAGUUCUGACAGGAAGCUCAGCUCAACUACUAACCACUUUGAUUGAGUUACUGAGUCUUCACUUUCACAUGAAAGAUUUGGGCCAUCUUCACUAUUUUCUUGGCAUUGAAGUCAAACGCUCUCCUUAUGAUUUAUUUCUCUGUCAAACCAAGUAUGCUAUUGAUUUGUUGACAAGAGCUCAUAUGACCAGUUGUAAACCUGUAUCAACUCCUCUUCCACUUCGAUCAAUUACUAUGACAGAUGAUACUACUUUGCUCUCUAACCCUCUUGAGUAUAGAAGUCUUGUGGGAGGCCUUCAAUACUUAACAAUUACCCGUCCCGAUCUUGCUUAUGCAACAAACACCUUGUGUCAAAAAUUGCAGCAUCCAACAGUUGCAGAUCUUCACCGAUUAAAAAGAGUACUUCGCUAUGUCAAAGGCACCACUCAUCUUGGUCUUUUUCUUCAUUCUCGUAGCUCAACAGCUCUCUAUGGCUUCUCAGAUGCUGACUGGGCUGGGUGUGCUGACACCAGGCGAUCCACAACUGGCUACUGUACAUAUCUUGGAUCCAAUCUUCUUUCUUGGUCAGCUAAGAAACAACCAACUGUCUCUCGUUCUUCCACGGAAGCCGAAUACCAAGCUCUUGCAUCUACUUCAGUUGAUCUUACUUGGAUUGCUUUUGUUUUGCGUGAUAUUGGUAUAUCUCUUCUUUCUCCCACUCUCUUAUUUUGUGACAAUAAGUCUGCUAUCUCUCUUACAACUAAUCCAAUUCUUCAUGCCCGAACCAAACAUAUUGAGGUUGACUUCCAUUUUGUUCGGGAGAAAGUCUCCUCAGAAUCCCUCAGUAUUCAUUAUGUUCCUAGCCAUCUUCAACUUGCAGAUAUUUUUACAAAAUCCUUGACACUUUUUGUUCAUGUUAAUCUUCAUACCAAAUUGGGCAUGGGAUUUUCAUCCCCUCCCAAUUUGAGGGGGGAUGUUAAGAACAUUCAUUCAUCGAAGCUUGAAACAGAGAAGUCAGACUGUAACAGAGACAAGUCUAUGGCUGUCAUUGGAGAAGCUUGGAAGAAGCAGAAUACACAAGUUAGUAACCGCAAUGCUGUCAAAUAA